AUGUGAAAUUUUAGUUAUAGGUUAUGUUUCAGAACGAUGAUGUUACGAAUAGUUUACUAUAUUUUCGAAAUGUAAAAAUGUUACCAUAUUUUCAUUGUUUAACUAUAUGGAAUGAUUCAAUUAAUUUGAAUUUAUAUUAAAGUCAUGUCAUAUGUCGUAAUGUAAAAUUUUCUAUCCUUUUAUCAGUUAAUUGUUCUGUGAAAGUAAACGGUUCCUAUAAAUUUAAAUACAUAUUUGUUUCUAAUACCUCGCAAAAAUGGAUGAUCAAGCAUGUCCAAGAUGCAAAACUACUAAAUAUCGGAAUCCAUCAUUGAAAAUGAUGGUAAAUGUUUGUGGUCACACAUUAUGUGAAAGUUGUGUCAAUUUAUUAUUUUUGAAAGGCUCUGGAUCAUGUCCUGAAUGUAAAAUUCCUCUGAGAAGAGCAAAUUUUCGUGUACAAUUAUUUGAAGAUCCUAUGGUAGAAAAGGAAGUAAAUAUAAGGAAAAGAAUUCUUAGAGAUUUCAACAAAAAAGAAGAAGACUUUGCAACACUAAGAGAAUACAAUGAUUAUUUAGAAGAAAUUGAAACAUUAAUAUAUAACUUGGCUAAUAAUAUUGAUGUAAUAGAAACAAAUAAGAAAAUAGAACAGUACAAAAAAGACAAUAAAGAUCAAAUAACAAAAAGUAAAUCUAAACUUGGUAGAAGUGAAUAUGAAUUGGAAGAAAUGAUCGAGUUGGAGAAACAGAAAGAAGAAGAGAGAAGAUUGGAAAUAGCUAAAGAAGAAAUGGAAGCUAAAAGAAAAAAGAUCCGUGAGAAAGAAGCAUUGAUAGAUGAGCUUACAUUUUCAGAAGGAAAUGCAAAAAAUAUUGUAGAAACAUUUGCUUCUGUUAUACAAGCAUCUAGGAAAGAAACAAAAGCAGCACCUACUAAAGCAACACAGUUUAGUACAGGAAUUAAAUUUAGCAAUCAAGGAGGUCAAAAUUAUUUGCCUAUACCAAAGAUCGAAGAAGGACCUUUAUAUACUUACACACCUAUCAAACAAGUAACAGAUGGUCCAGCACCACCUAGUUGGAGAGAAUUACAAGCUCGUGGAUAUGUUUCUCAUGUACGUGCUGAGUCUGCAGCAGAAAGGGCAGGUGGAUUUAAGGCACAUGUUGCAUGUUUAAGAGCUUUACAAGAAUCUAUGGCUGGUCUAUAUUAUAAUCCUUCACAACGUCAAACAGAAUUCACAUCUGUGUGAUUAUACAGAUU